UAAGAGUUCAACUGGGUCAACCUAUGACGGUGACAUGCGUUUUAAGCGAGGCGCUUCAGAGCGUCAGUUGGCUUUAUUGGUACAAGCAGAGCGCAGGAGACACUCUGAAAUUAGUUUCAAUGCUGCGUAAAAACACAAACCCCACUUAUGGACCAGGAUUUUCUGCCUCAAGGUUCAACACAACUUAUGAUGACAAAAUGAGCAACUUGACAAUCUUGAAGACUGCUACAGGAGAUGAAGGAAUGUAUCACUGUGCUUACAUUAACUGGCUCCAAACUAAGUGGAGUGGAACUUACUUGUCAUUAAAAGGAUCAAGGAGAACAUCAAACUACAAAGUUGUUCAGCAGCCUGAAGUUUCACAUUCUGCUAAUCCAGCAGACUCGGUGUCUCUGCAGUGCUCAUUCCUCACUGACUCUGACCAAACGUCUUGUUCAGAGGAACCCAGUAUGUUCUGGAUUAGAUCUGGAUCUGACAAAUCUUACCCGGUUCUCAUCUACACUGGUGGAAAAAGAUCAGGUAAUUGUGAAAAGAGAGCCGACGUUCAGAAGAGAUGUAUUUAUAACGUCUCGAUGAAAGCAAGCUCCUCUGAUGUUGGGACUUACUACUGUGCUGUCGCCAAAUGUGGAGAGAUAUUAUUUGGAAAUGGAGCCAACCUGAAUAUUCAAGAAUCGGGUCUGUGGCCGUCGGAGGCCAUCACAGUCACUUUUGUUCUGUCUACUGCCAUAAGUUUAAUAGCCCUACUUAUCCUCAUCUGCUCCUCAAACAAAAACAAAUGUGAACAAUGUCAAGGUAAUACAAGAUAA